AUGUCGACUACAGUGAAACGUAAUGCAGCUCAAACAUAUGAACAACCGAUCUUCAGCGAUGAAGCGUUGUACCAUGUUAAACUUAUCAAUAUCGAAAUAUUAUCUCUUCAACUUCCGAUUGAUCGUCGAUUUCUGUCAAUUAUUUCUAAAUUUGAAAAUUUACAUUCACUUAAUGUAUGUAUUCCAACGAUAAUUUAUCAAUGGCAAUUACAAGCAUUGCUUGAUAAUUCACCUCGUCUAUAUUCAUUGUCAUUUGAAUCGUGGAACACUUCUACAAUACCACCAUAUCAAUGUACUUGUGUAUCAAUUUAUCAACUCAACGUACAAGGUUCUGGUCAAACUGGUUAUAAGCAUCGUUAUACUAGUAAACAAUGUUUAAAAUUAAGUCGAUCACCAUUAGGUAUUCAAUGUCGAAUAUUACAUAUUGAAGUCGAAGAACUCAAGUGUAUUUUGGACUUAAUUGAUUCUAUGAUUAAUCUUCGAACGUUGCACGUACUCUAUGAUUAUGAUAAACGUAGCAAUACGCUUGAUCUUGUCAAAGUCUUACAAGAUUGUUUGCCGUCAACAUGGACUGUAACUCGAGUUUAUUAUGGAAUUUUUAUUAUUAAAUCAUGA